AUGAAUGAGAUUUCUCUAUUGUAUCCAACCCUUCUCACCGCUUCCACAGAAACUAGCUCAAAAGUGAUUGAUGACGAAGAUCUAGCUUCUGUUUCAUCAGGGCUUAGUCCCACAGGUUCGCCUGGUCCUGAUUCUAAGUCUCCCUCGGACUCACAUGUCAAACGUCCAAUGAACGCUUUCAUGGUGUGGAGUCGCGGACAGAGAAGAAAAAUGGCACAGGAUAAUCCAAAAAUGCAUAACUCGGAAAUUAGUAAGAGACUCGGCGCUGAGUGGAAACAGUUGUCGGAGCAAGAAAAGCGUCCGUUUAUUGAUGAAGCUAAACGCUUGCGUGCACUUCAUAUGAAGGAACAUCCGGAUUAUAAGUAUCGACCACGUAGAAAACCAAAGGCAACCCUCAAGGGUCAAAACCGUAUCUCUAUUGGCCUCCCAAUGGCACCAUUCUCAGCGCCAACAAUCUUUAGCUACUCUUCGACAUUAGACACCUUGAAGACCCCGGACCUUUCUCAAUACUACUCAACCUUUUUCCCAAAUCCAGUACUAUCAGCUGCUGCUUCCUAUUCACCGUACAACAUGAUGGCCGCAUACGCACGACAAGCGGCAGCUGUAGCAGCCGCCACCCAAGCAAGCGCCACACCAACCGCAGCACCAGCAGUCUAG